AUGUCGCAUUUAUCCAACGGUACUACACACCAAUCCACAACAUCAGAUACAGAUGAUCAUUCUGAUUCCGAGAAUCCUUCUAACUCGUCAUUAUCUUCUUUCGAAGAAGAAACCAACGAUUCUAGUAAAACUAACGGCACCGAGCAUGUCGAGCCUGUAUAUAUCGAAUCCAAAGAAACAUAUCAAGAUAGUAACCAAGCACCGUCAUCAAGCGUUACGGCUCUUUUACAGAUUCCUUUGUUUUUUGAUUCAUUAAAUUACGUCAAAGAUUCGAAAUAUGGAGGAAUGGCGGUAAAUUAUGCUGGGGUUCCCAUUAUUAAUACGGUUUCAAAAAUAACUUCUCCUUUUCAAUCACAAAUUAAUCAAAUCGAUGGUUUAGCCGCCACUUCUAUUAAAAGUAUCGGUGAGAAAGUUCCAGUCAUUUUAACCCCGACAAAUGACAUCAUUGAAAAAGUGAAAACCCCCGCUAUUCAAACCAUCGACAAUGGUAAACAAUACAUCUCAAAUGUUGCAUCAAAUGUCAGCGAGGGAAUCGAUCAACGUCUCGCUCAACCAGCGAAAAGUUUGGCUCAAUCCGUACAAGCUCAGAUCACGCCAAUCGCCAUAAACGUUGACAAUAGUUUUGAACCUCUGGUCACGAAAUACACCAGUAUUGUUGAUAGAUAUUUACCCGAAGAUGAACUAAGCGAAAAAGAGGAGGAAAAAUCAGAAGAUUCCGUUCAAUUAAGCCAAACUCACCGCGCUUUCAAUACCACGGCAAAAGCUCAUCGUCGUUUUUCAAGAAACUUUAAACGAACUCUCGUUAACACUCAAUCUUACACCUCAGAGCAACUUAAUCAAUAUACUAUUGUUGUUAAAGCUACCGAAACUAUUAAUCAACUAAAUACUAAAUUACAUGAGGUCUUUAUAUUGACCAGAGAUGCCUAUCAAAAUCCUGAUUUCGCAACUACAGUUCAUGGUCGUCUACACGAUAUCGCUGGAUGGUUUGUCGGGGAAUUGGAUAGAGAGAAAGAUCUCCCAAAAGCGUUAAAAGAACGUGCGAAUGAAUUUGCUCAAUCAUUAAUCACCACGAGAGAUUCGAUUGCUAAUUACAUUAAAGAAAAUGCAACUCAUGUGCCAGAAGAGAUAACAAAACGAGUGCAUCCAUUGUUCGAGUUCUUUAAUCAGAGAUUUCCGGGAAUUAUGGAACAAAUAAAUAACAAUAACACUUGGUUUAUUGGAAAAGCAAGGGAUUUCGCGGAACAAACUAUUCCAACCGUAAAAGCCAAA